UAAGCCUCCGUAAAUCCUUUUAAAAACGGACAUUUUACUCCUCCCCUCCCGCUGGCUGUCAGUGUCCAGCACCAGCAGCGACAGAAGAAGGAUAAAAACACCCUCAGCUAGAUGAUGAACGCUCGACAGACCGCCACUUUUCUAACGUCAGCUAGCUAGAAAAUUCCUGAUUUAUUUCAUCUGACAGUUUUUCGGAAAGAAAAUAUGACAACUUUAACAAGACAAGACCUCAAUUUUGGACAAGUGGUUGCUGACAUCCUGUGCGAGUUCCUGGAGGUCGCCAUUCAUCUCAUCCUGUAUGUCCGUGAAGUUUAUCCCUCAGGAAUAUUUCAGAAGAGAAAGAAAUACAACGUGCCUGUGCAGAUGUCAUGUCACCCAGAGCUGAAUCAGUAUAUCCAAGAUACACUUCACUGUGUAAAGCCACUCAUUGAGAAGAACGAUGCAGAGAAGGUGGUCGUGGUCAUCAUGGACAAAGAGCAUCAUCCAGUAGAGAGAUUUGUGUUUGAGAUUUCCCAACCUACACUGCUGUCAAUUAGCUCAGACACAUUACUGUCACAUGUGGAGCAGCUGCUCAGGGCAUUCAUCCUGAAGAUCAGUGUGUGUGAUGCUGUUUUAAAUAAUAACCCACCAGGGUGUUCAUUUACUGUACUAGUGCAUACCAGAGAUGCUGCUAUGCGCAACAUGGAGAAGGUUCAAGUCAUCAAGGAUUUUCCGUGGAUAGUUGCUGAUGAGCAGGAGGUCCACAUGCAGGAGCCUAGACUCAUCCCGCUGAAGACCAUGACAUCUGACAUAGUAAAAAUGCAGCUCUACGUGGAAGAACGAGCCCAGAAAACGUAGGUCGUCGCUCUGCAGAGUGUUGUUGCUGCAGGAGCCGUUCUGUGACAACGUUGAAACGUUGCUGCAGUUAGAGUGAAGGGUUGGACUGAGACACUGAGCAGACAUCUAACUAAAGUGGAAGGAGUCUCCGUCUGUCUGUUUGUCUGUCUGCUUGUCUGUCUGCCCUUCGAUUUUCUCGACGACCAUUCAUCCGAUCAACCUCACACUUGGCGGGUGUACUGCUGAGAACUCAAGGAAGUGCAGUGAGAAGUAGUUUGGAUGAGCGGUUCUUGAGAAACAUAAAAAGAGAAACAUGGACCUGCAUGCACAAGUUUACACUGGGCCAGAGGGUCAGGGUUAACCCCUGGCCCAGACCGUUGGCUGUCUGUCUGUGAUUGAAUCGCACACCAUACAAAUAUGCAUGAUUAUGCUUGCUAUUUUAUUGUCAUGUAUUGUGUUUGAUUGAUUUCAAUGCAGAUCAUCAUCAGUGAACGUGGUGAUUCCACUUGAAUUGGCCAGUAUAAUAAUACCAGAUAUCAAACACAAAUAUGUACGACCAGCAGCUUGUACAGACCACUGUGAGCAGUUUAACCCUGUUGUAUUUUCACUGCAAGAAUAUUCACUCUGUGUUUCUUUUUGGAUGGAAGUUGUUUUGCUAAUGCUCCCUAGACAUCGGUCCAUUUGAAGGACAGUUUUUCACCCACUUUAAAGUCCCACUGAGUCAUAGCAGUUGUGUGCACGGUGUCAGUCAGGAAUGUAUUGUGAAAGUUUUGGGUGGGCUCCUGUGGAAUGAAAAGGCAGCACGGUGUGUUUUCUCCAGCACGUUUACCACUAGUGGUAAUGAUCGCUUCUGUUCUUACGUGACAGUCAAAGUUUUGAUGUUGUGACAGAGGAACAGUUGAAUUUUUACUGUGAUAGCUGUGAUGUCAUUUGUGCAAAAAUGAUUCAAAUGUAAUAAAAAGCUUUACAAAGUU